CGCUGACACGGAGCGACGAGUCAGCCGCAGACGCCGCCGGACACGAGCGCCGGGUCACACCCCGGCAGUAGCGCCAGCAGCGUCGCCGAGCCUGCGACGGCUGUCCGCUCGGACAGCUCCAGCAAGACUGGGUGUUGUCACGCCUGGCUGGGAGCAGGACAGAGCCGUGUAGACGGAACGGCCCUUGUGAAGGCUCUGGACGCCGAAACCGCGCACCACCAGCACCCCGACCUCUGAGUUGAGUCCUUCAACGGACUCAGUAUCUCGUCAGCACCAUGUUUGCCGCCAUCAGAGGGCGCAACCGGAGCGAGUCGCCGACCCGCUUCAGCGAAAUCAGCUUACGACGUUAUAAGAAGAAUGUCAGGUCCAAGAAAAACUCGGCCGCCGCCAUGUCCGCCGACGAGGAGGCCGUCGUCGGGCACCGGUCCGUCUCCAUGAGCACGCUGUCGCUGAACGGAGCCAACUCGACCAAGUCGGACCAGCAGAAACCCAGCAUCUCCCAGCUGGCCACCGUCGAGGCAAAGUGUGCGCGCCGCCUGCUGUCCGCCUCCUGCCACGGGGCCUCCCAUCUGGCGCUGCAGCAGGGCGUGCGCGGCUACGCAUGA